CUUUUCUUACACACACACACACAACCAUCUAUAUCUCUCUCUAUAUAUAUCCAUGUUUACGAAUUCGACCCGAGUUGAUCAUUAUUCGGGUUCGGGUUCCAAUCCAUUACAACACACAGUCACAAUUCCUGAUCAUCAUGAUCAAACUACAAUAACCACCAUGACGUCAGUACUAGAGAUACAUAAUGUUUGUUUGCCGCCACAAAAAACCACCUUCCAAAAACUCCGGCACCGGUUGUCGGAAAUCUUUUUUCCCGAUGACCCUCUUCAUGGGUUCAAGAACCAAUCACGCUUCAAGAAACUUGUUCUUACUUUACAGUUUUUCUUUCCGAUUUUCGAAUGGGCUCCGAAUUAUAAUCUUGCCUUGUUUCGAUCCGACGUCGUUUCUGGUCUCACCAUUGCCAGUCUUGCUAUCCCUCAGGGAAUUAGCUAUGCAAAACUAGCAAACUUGCCUCCAAUAAUCGGUCUAUACUCAAGCUUUGUGCCACCAUUGAUCUACUCGGUGCUCGGUAGUUCAAAACAUUUAGCCGUCGGACCAGUGUCGAUAGCCUCAUUGGUUAUGGGAACAAUGCUAAACGAAGCGGUUCCAUACAACCAAGAUCCGAUACUCUACCUUAAGUUGGCUUUUACUGCAACUUUCUUCGCGGGCGUAUUUCAAGCAACUUUAGGACUUCUAAGGUUAGGAUUCGUAAUAGAUUUCUUAUCAAAAGCGACCCUUGUUGGGUUCAUGGCCGGGGCAGCUGUUAUUGUUUCUUUACAACAAUUGAAAGGACUACUUGGGAUUGUCCAUUUUACCACCAAAAUGCAGAUCAUUCCUGUAUUAUCGUCUACUAUUCAGCACAGAAAUGAGUGGUCUUGGCAAACAAUCGUUAUGGGCUUUUGCUUUUUGGCAUUUCUACUGAUAACAAGACAUGUUGGCAUGCGAAAACCGAAGUUCUUCUGGGUAUCAGCAGCAGCUCCAUUGGCAUCCGUCAUCCUGUCAACCCUUUUGGUCACGCUUUUCAAAUCAAAACUUCAUGGCAUUGCAACUAUUGGUCACUUGGAAAAAGGUUUGAAUCCACCAUCAUCAAACAUGCUCUAUUUUCAUGGGAAAUUUCUAGGGGUUGCUAUUAAGACUGGCAUCAUUACUGGAAUACUAUCUCUCACGGAAGGGAUAGCAGUAGGAAGAACAUUUGCAGCAUUGAAUGAUUACCAAGUUGAUGGCAACAAAGAAAUGAUAGCUGUCGGGCUCAUGAACAUGGCUGGUUCUUGCUCCUCUUGCUAUGUCACCACAGGCUCAUUUUCUCGAUCUGCUGUAAAUGCCAAUGCUGGGGCAAAAACAGUGGUGUCAAACAUCAUAAUGGCGUCAACGGUGCUUAUAACACUUCUGUUCUUGAUGCCACUUUUUCACUAUACCCCAAACCUCAUUUUGGCCGCAAUUAUUAUAACGGCGGUGAUUGGGCUCAUUGACUACCAAAGCACAAUACGACUUUGGAAAGUGGACAAACUAGAUUUUGUGGCCUGCUUAUCUUCGUUCUUUGGCGUUCUCAUGAUAUCGGUCCCUAUCGGUCUAGCAAUUGCGGUUGGGGUUUCCAUUUUCAAGAUUCUGUUGCACGUCACAAGACCGAACACGGGUGUUUUGGGAAACAUUCCGGGUACCCAGAUCUACCAAAAUGUAAAUCGAUACAGACAAGCAAGAAGGGUUCUUUGUUUUGUAAUACUUGGCAUCGAAGCCCCUAUCUACUUUGCAAAUUCUACAUAUCUACAAGAAAGGAUAUUGAGAUGGAUAAGAGAAGAGGAAGAGUGGUUAGCCGCGAACAAUGGCAGUACUUUGAGAUGUGUAAUUAUCGACAUGACUGCUGUGACCGGCAUUGACACAAGUGGUCUUGCAAUGGUGAAAGAGCUAAAAAAGAUGCUAGAGAAGCGUUCGCUUCAGUUAGUGUUGGCAAAUCCUGGAGGGAAUGUGAUGGAAAAGCUACAUCAGUCAAACAUAUUGGAGUUAUUUGGGUUGGAAGGCAUGUACCUGACCGUUGAUGAAGCCGUGGCGGACAUAUCAUCAUCUUGGAAAGCUCAGAAAUGAUCAAGAGAAGUAGAAGGGGGUAUUAGUAGCAGCCGCAGGCAGUUUCUUUUAUUUUAGUUUGCAGUGUAGGAAGAGAGGGGUCAGUCAAGUUGGUGUAAACCCAGAGAGUAACUGCUUAAUGCUCAAGUGCGCUAUAUAAAAGCCACAAGCUAUAAGCUUUUUUUAUAUCAAUGAAAAAUUAUCUCUUCGGUAGA